AAAUCGAAGACUUUCUUUUUAAUGCAAACAAAACAAUAGAUUUCGGCUUUUCCAUUUUGUUCCCACUAUUAGGCAUAUUUUUCAUUGUUUCGUCAUUUUUUAUAUAAAUAAUUGUAAAUCAUAUAUAUAUUGCUUUAAUGCAAGAACCAAAUCGUGAAAAGAGUGACGGAGAUCUCACUGUUUUGGACAAAAUCGCCCAAGUUAGUGAAGAUCCGUUUGAUCUGAAUAGACGCACAUUAUCUUCCUCAUUAGAUCUAAAAUUGUUCCAUCUGUCUAAUCAGAACAAUGAUUCUCUUGAACCAGCAUCUAAAAGAAGAAAGUUGGACGAUCUUUUAAAAGCAUUUGAAACGAGCGGCAAAGUAAUCGAUUUGACGAAAGACGAUUCUCCAAAGAGUUCAGUCACUCAUGGAAGAGAAGCAUUUGAAACGAGCGAAAAAGUCAUCGAUUUAACCUCGUCAGACGAUGAAUCUCUAAAAGAUUCAGCAACUGGCGAAAUACAACAAAUCGACCAACAGCCGCGAAUAAGUGAUGAAGACGAGCCUGCAAUAGUUGAAAACAGUAAUAACAGCAGUACUACUGAGAAAGGAAAGCCGCAGAUUAUAGAAGCACUUAACAACCUCGGUUUUGAAGUUGACGAGGUUUUUCGUAAAGUCUUAAAGACACAUCAAGUAGAGGGAUUGAAGUUCAUGUGGCAGCGUGUGUAUGAGAAAAGAGGCGGUUGUUUGCUAGCACAUUCCAUGGGAUUAGGGAAAACAUUACAAACAAUUGCUCUAUUAACGUCGAUAUAUCAAGCAUUGAAUCGCGCACCUGAGAGCGAUAACCCAACCGUAAGUAUAUAAUAUCAUUUUGAUAUACAGAAGGCUAGCCCGUGAUUUGAUUCUCAGUAUCAUUUAUCAAUGUAAACUUAGGGAAAGCGUGUUUUGAUUAUAGCACCCCUUAUCACUCUGUCUAACUGGGCAAAUGAGUUUGGAAAGUGGGCUAUUCCUGAUGCAGAGAAUG